UUCCCUCCGGAAACCACCGCGUCCCUGAGGUGCCGGACAGCGGCCGGACCGUGGCCGGGCUGCCGCUUCUUCACACCGUGAGGCUCUCCUCUGACAUGAGCGGAGGAAGAGACGGCGGAGCGGAGCGGCGCGCACAUCGCAGCGGGCUAUUGCAGUAAGGCACCAUCAUGGAGGCUGGAUGUGUGGUUGCCGCGGUGAUGGAGAAUGCUGCCUCAGGACCCCAGGGAGAACCAGGAAGUGGUGACGUCCUUGAGGGAGACGUGUUUCCAUCUGCUGACCUCGACAGAGACGAUGCCCUACCUCAAGCUGCCAGCGUUAAUCCUUCAGGAGACAAACAGCAGACAUCCACUGCCAUGUUGAGGAGCGAUGACGUCACUGAGCUUCCCGCCGAGCCGCUCCUGCGCUCAUGUGUCAGCACGGCCAGCAUGAAGGUCAAGAACAUGCAGAAGCUGACGUUCCCCAGAGGUCAUUUCCCCCGUUUGGCAGAGUGUGCACAUUUCCACUAUGAGAACGUUGAUUUUGGCAGUGUUCAGCUGGUGUUUGCAGAAGGGCAGAAUGAAGCCCAGAAGGCUGGUCUGGAGUCCAAAGAGCUUCUCUUUCUGAUCCAGAUCACUUGCCAGAGUGGAAGCUGGAUGGUGAAGCGGUCCUAUGAAGACUUCCGGGUGCUGGACAAACACCUGCACUUGUGCAUCUACGACCGCCGUUACUCCCACCUCACAGAGCUGCCACGAUACGACGCAUUACAAGACACCGCUGAGUCAGUAACCAAGAUGUUGGCCACCUACCUUUCAUGCUUCUCAACCAUCGCUGACAACAAGAUCAACUGUGGUCCAAUUCUCACCUGGAUGGAAAUCGAUAAUAAAGGGAACCAUCUGCUGGUAUCUGAAGAAGCCUCAAUCAACGUCCCCGCCAUCGCUGCUGCCCAUGUCACCAAACGCUACACAGCCCAGGCUGCAGACGAGUUGAGUUUUGAGGUAGGAGACAUUGUGUCUGUCAUUGACAUGCCUCCUAAAGAAGAUACUGGAUGGUGGAGAGGAAAACAUGGCUUUCAGGUCGGUUUCUUCCCCUGUGACUGUGUUGAGCUGAUAAAUGACAAGAUUCCCCCCAGUGUCCAAAACUCAGUGCCAAAACCAGUGUGUAAGAAACAUGGCAAACUGGUGACAUUCCUGAGAUCCUUCAUGAAGUCUCGACCGCCGCCUCAGAAGCUGCGGCAGCGUGGCAUCCUCAGAGAGCGCGUGUUCAGCUGUGACCUGGGCGAACAUCUCCACAAUUCAGGACAUGAGGUCCCACAGGUUGUUCGCAGCUGCGCUGAAUUCAUCGAGAAACACGGCGUCGUGGACGGAAUCUACAGACUCUCUGGGAUCUCCUCCAACAUUCAGAAACUGAGGCAUGAGUUUGACUCCGAGCAGAUUCCAGAUCUGAGUCGAGAUGUUUUCAGGCAGGACAUCCACUCUGUGGGCUCCCUGUGCAAGCUGUACUUCAGAGAACUACCCAAUCCCCUGCUCACCUACCAGCUGUACGACAGAUUCUCAGAAGCCGUGUCUGCAGCCACAGAUGAGGAGAGGCUCGUCAAAAUCCACAAUGUCAUCCAGCAGCUGCCUCCUCCACAUUACAGGACUCUGGAGUUCCUCAUGAGACAUCUGUCCCAUUUGGCCACUUUUAGCUUCAUCACGAACAUGCACACGAAAAACCUGGCCAUCGUCUGGGCUCCAAACCUCCUGAGGUCCAAACAGAUCGAGUCGGCCUGUUUCAGCGGCACAGCAGCGUUCAUGGAGGUGCGAAUCCAGUCGGUGGUGGUGGAGUUCAUCCUCAACAACACUGAAGCUCUCUUCAGCCCCAAACUCAACGCCAUCAUACGGGAAAGCACUGGUAACAGCACGUUAGCCAGGCCCAAGUCACUGCUGAUCUGCUCCACGUCCACAAAGUUACUGUCUUUGGAGGAGGCGCAGGCUCGCACCCAGGCCCAGCUCAACUCCCCGGCGACCACGCCCUGCUUCAGCCAGAGUGACUACAUUGAGGUUGGGGAGGGACCCGGAGCAUUGCUCGGCAAAUUCCACACAGUCAUUGAGCUCCCGCUGGACAACAGCAGCAGCAGCAAACGGGUUCCCACAAAGGCAAAGAAGUCUCCAGUGGGGAACUGGCUAUCAUUUUUCCACCUGGGAAAGUCCAACUCUGUGGCCAAACGCAAGCUGAAGCGCCACCCCAGCGAGCCCAACGAGAUAAAGAGCAUCGCACUGCCAGGUGGAAGAGGCGACAGCUGUACUUUACGCUCAACCAAAAGUGAGGAAUCUCUCACCUCUUUGCACAACAUAGAAGGUGAACCUUCGUGUUACCGGCCCCUCAGGCCUCGCUCCACCAGCGAGGCCGUUUCAGCCGUCAGCAAAGACGAUGUUCAUGUCACCAGAAGUAAAGACGAUGUCAGUAUGCCUCAUCUGACCGACGGCCGUAACGACUCUGAUCAUGUCCGCAGGGCAGAUUCUCCCUCGCCUCCACAUCAGGAGGACUAUCUCGACCUCUGUCCGCCAGCUGCAGGUAUCUACAAUUUGGACUUCGACCCCAUGUCCUUUCAGUGCAGUCCACCUUUAGCAACAUCUCCACAGCAACACGGCAAAAAGUGGAUGAAGAGUGCAGGGUGCUCCACCGACUCGGAGCCCGUCUCCUCUCCGAAUAAUAACGUCAGCUAUCCUCAGUCUCCAGAUAUCAGCCCCGUGCUCGACAAAGGUAAGAAGAAGGGGAGCAGCAAAGCACUCUCUCCGAAACUUAGGAAGAAGUCCUUUAAGACACAAGCAGAUGUUCAGAUUGCAUCAGUCUCGACCCCAAUUCGAGGGGCAGCUUCAGCUCCUCCGGCUCCCUGCCCCUCCUCUUCACCAGCAGAUGGAAAGGAAUCCAGGGUGCCUUUCCAGCACGGAAGUCCGCUCAGCACAGCAAGCCAGGCAUCGGCCCUGACGGACCUCAGCCAAUCUGCACAGAACCUGCCCGAUCCAGGAACAGAUAGACUUUUGAGCUCAGUAUCUGUUCUUCCUCCUCACCCUCCUCUGACGAGCGCUGCACGCAAGCUGGCUUUGGCUCUGGCUGAAUCUGCUCAAAAGGCCGCCCACGACUCCCAGUGGAGAAACACCCACGAAAACAUCCCACUCCACCUGCUGCAGAGACAGGACACUCCCCGAGGCCAGGGCAGACCUCCUCGUCCCUCUAUUCUCAACCUCAGAACGCAUCCUCGGGAGUACUGCAGCCCUCACGCCGCACCUGUGUCGCAGUGGCCGCCUCUCGAGAGUCACUGCUGUUCUCACCCUCUCCACUUCCUGCCUGCACACCUGAGCUCCAAGCCGUCACAGCUCACCGACGGGCAGGAGAGCGUGUGCAAUUUCACACCUAACGUCAGCCCGCUUGGGUCGGGAAGCUUUGAUGAAGGCAGCACGGAGAUGAAGGACGGAAGAGAGGAGAAAGAGCAGCUGCUCCGAGGGGCAAGGCAGAAAAACAUGCAGGCAGAACCCACCUAUCAAAGUGUCGAUGUUUCAACACCCACUCAACCUGUCUGCUCUCCUCUGAGCCCGUCCACGUCUCCUGUAUAUGUGAACACUGACGCCAUCAACGUCUUUAACUUCCGUGCUGUUUUAGCUGAGACCUCUGUGCCUCCCUCACUCGAGGAGCUUCUUCCACGUCCAUUUGAGCCAGCCUUAGCUAGCCCCUACAGCCCAGAGGACUUGAUUGAGGACAUCUACAGUAAUCACCAUCAUAGGCCUGUUGAUGCAGGACGAAUGCCAGUACCUCACUGCCCUCAGCCUGAUGCUCUACCACAUCACCUUUCAGCACUAAAAAAUGUUUACAGGCAGUCCUCGGAAAGCUGCUACAGCUCUUCGGGCUUAAGCCACCCUUUGUCACCUCAGUGCAGACGAUACCCUCGAGAUGAGCAUCUUAUCAGCGGCUGCCACAGGCAGCAGGGCCAGUGGCAGCCAUCAGGAGAUAGAGCAGUCGGGCACCCGGCCAUCCGGAGGGCUCGCUCCUUCCAUGCCCCUCAGAUUAGUCACCAUGAGUUGGCCGAGACAGAAAUCUCACCCCCUAACACCAUGUUUUAUUGCGAGCAAUCACCAAACCAGGACGGGGCCUGUCGGAGGCUGGUUCGGACCGGCCUCCACCCUGUACGGCCCCAGUUUGAUGACACGUGUGCUGACUACCACUGUUCAGACUUGAGUUUAAUAGAAGGCUCUUGCUGGUAUGUGGCGCCCUGGCGGAGAAGAGGUAUCCGACAUAGUCAGUCCUACACGUCACGUUCUACGAGGGCGAGCGGACAGCUGGAUUACUACAACUACUCUCCGCACCGUGCCCCGCCUGUGAACAGGGAGCCGUACAUGGGCGCCAACACAGGCGAUUACGAUGCUGACAUUUACGAGAGAGCUGUGUAUCAACCAGUAAAGAAUGAAUGCAGACAUAAAAUCACACGCACAGCUGUGUCGCCGUACGAGAGUCCCGUCCUGCCAACGGGCUCGAGGGGGAGAGAGGUGAUGCACGCGAGAAGCAUGUCAGACCCCGGUAACGCUUGCCUGCUCUCCACCGAAAGGGCAGAGAGCCAAAACGUGGCUACAUCCCCAACCUCCCCAAGAUCUCGCCAGGUGAGCGCUGAGGUCAUUAGGCGACCGAUCGGUCCGCGGUCUACUGGGGCGCUUGUCCCGUCCAGGCGGAUUCAGAUCAAAGAUGACUCCUCCCAGCCUCACCGAGCACAGCAACAGCCGCCGCUUCGCAAAGUCCCCUCCCUCCCAGAGCGCUGCUCCACGAACCUCAAGAAUGUCGAGCACAAUGACAGAAGCCAUACACGCAGUCAAGACCAGGAAAGAUUAAUCGUGACAAACGCCGCUGGCAGCUAUGCUGGCAUUUUGAAACCCGGCAUCUUCAGGAGGACGGGGCGCUCGCAGAGCACUAGGGACAAUCAUCACUGCUAUCACUACAAUGCCAAAUCCUCUCUGGAUCCCGAGCAUCUGGGAUCCUUUUCCUCUCAGCCAACCAGAAGGACUCGGAGUGCUAAAGUCAAAAACACGCAGCAGGACCACAUGGAGGGGUAUUACGCAGCCACCAAACCUAAAGCCACAAGAUCCGGUAAAGCUGCAGCCGGAUAUCUGCCUGGCCCGGGCUAUAUGUCUCCUCACAGACAGAGACUGCUGUCCAGAGCUCUGGGUCAUGAGGCUUUUUAUCAGGCUGCACUGAGAUCAGACACUGGAGUCUUCAAGUGAUUCAGACCACUGGCUUUAUCAAAUUCCACAUCCGGGCCAAAGGACAACAGCACUUUAUCCUCUGCCAGACCAACCGACUGUUAAAAGUUUGUUUUAACCUUCAGGAGCUGCUAACAGUGAGAUCGGUUUUACCGUACCCGCAUCAGAGGGUCGUAUUUUAUGUUUGAAGGGACUCGCAGGGAACAAAUGAAUCUUAUGCAGAUUGUGGCAGUAAGCGGCUGAAACAAACGGGAGGCUGAUUUUAUUUUGUGUGUAAAAAUAUAGAAUGUGAGGUUGGCUUUAUGUUAAGUUAAUGAUCUUAAAAUAUAUGUUCAAAGGUAUAGAAAUCUAUGUGUGGAACACCUGAUAACUCUGAAAGGAUGUGGGAAUAUAAGCCUUGUAGUAAAUCACUUAUAAGAUAAAAGUAACAGUCAAACAGUCAAAAUAUAAACUUUUAUAAAUGUAAUUAUGAAAUGAUUGAAUGUUUUCCUCAAACUUAUACAAUUAAAUUAAAAUUGAGGCUUAAAAGUGAGAAUUUGGAUUUUAAGUUAAUGUUAUAUCAAUGGUUAGCAUCAAACAGUCUAUGUUGUAUUAUGCCAAGUUUUUAUUUAUUUAUUUAUUUAUUUUAGUUUUGAGAUAGUAAAUAAAAAUUCAAAAUAAUGAAUUACGUCAAAAUUUUGACAUUAAGUCAAAUUCAUUAAAAUGUCAGCAUUUUGUCUUUUUAAGUUAAGUUCUGAAAUAAGUCAAAAUUAUGACAGAGUCAACAUAAUUAAAAUGAGUUUAACAUUUAACAUUGAUAGAGUUAGUCAUUAAAACAUGAUAAUUUUAGCUUUUAAUUCAUAUAUGACAUGAUGUUACAAGUUCUCAUACAAGUCAAAAUUAUGGAUAAGUCAAACGUUUUAACAUUAAAUGAAAAAAAAAAUCAUUAAAAUGUUAAUGUUUUAGCUAUUUAGGUCAGUCACAUGACUAUAAAUUCUGAAAUCUGCCAAAAUAAAGAUUAAGUCAAAAUUUGAAAUUCCAAGUAAAAAAAAAAAAAAAAAAAAAAAAAAACACACACACAUACUUUUGAGAUCAGUUAUGAGGUACUAAGUCAUAAAGUCAAAAUGUAACCUUUUAAAAACGGAAUUCUGAAAAUUUUAACGUUUUAGUCAAACUUACAAUUUAAUACAAUUAAAGUCAAUUUGAGGUUAAAAAGUGAAAAAAAAAAUUUAAGUUAAUGGGAUUAUAUCAGUGGUUGGCAUCAAACUUUAUAUGUUGUAUUAUGCCAUGUUUUUAAGUUUCAAAGUUAUGAGAUAAAGUCAAAAUAAUGAAAUAAUACAUCACAGUUUUAACAUUCAGUCACAAUUAUUCAUGAAAAUGUCAGCAUUUUGGAUUUUUAAGUCAUGAAUGUUAUGACAUAAUUUCUGAAAAAAAAAUCAAAAUUAUUAAAAUAAAGAGGUGAAAUUUUAUCAUGGACAAAAUUAUUCAUUAAAAUAUUAACAUUUUGGUCAUGCUCAAGUUCUCAAACAAGUCAAAAUAGAGAUGAAGUGAACAUGACUUUACAAGCUCUGAAAUAAGUCAGAAUUAUGAGAUAAAGUCAAAAUAAUGAAAUACGUCAAACAUCUAACAUUAAAUCAGUGAUUUUAAUGAAAAUGUUAAUGUUUUGGUUUUUAAUGUUUUGGUUGGCAGCCAUGAAGAUCUGAAAUAUGACAAACUAGAAAUUGUCAAUAUAUCAACCUUUAAAAUUAAAAGUUUAAACAAUAAUAAUAAUUCAAAAAUUUAACAAGCAGACUUUCUAGGUCAGUUAUGAGAUACUGAGUCAUAAUUUUGACUUCUAGGGCCCUAUCUGGUGCAUAGUCUACAGUGCAUAGUAC